GCCAACAUAUUUUCAUGCUGUCCUGUGUGGGCUGUAUGACAUGCCAGACUCCUGGAGUCUAGGGAAGUUAACCCGGCGUAGUAUAAAAACAGAUAAUGGACCUGCAUAUAUUUCUAAGGCCACUCAAAUUUUCCUCCAAGCAUGGGGGCUUACACAUGUUACAGGCAUUCCCCAUUCUCCCACUGUACAAGCUAUCAUUGAGUGUGCUCAUCAAACAUGGAAAUGUACUCUUAAUAAACAAAAAAGAGGGAGUAUGGGAGACACACCACAAGAAAGAUUAUGUAAGGCUUUGUUUGUGUUAAAUUUUUUGAAUUGCAAUCAUACAGAUACAGCUUGAGUAGACUGUCAUUUUGGGCCUCCCCAAUGCUUGUUCACGCAUCUGAGUCUGUGCCUUCUGCUUGAGGUCACCAUGUCCUGACGUGUGGCUGUGUGGAGCUGUGAGGUCACAAAGCACCAGUGUGACCCUGUGCUGGGGCACAGGCACUAUUCGGCACUUGCAGUGUCUGCAGCGGUGGUGGUGGCCGCACAGCACGUGUGUGGGUGACCAUGGUCCUAGGACACCUCCUCCUCCUCCUUCUCCUUGUGGCCUUGCAGGCCCCUGGCAUCCAGGCUGCUCCAUGGCGAAAGCCGAGAGCAGAUGUGCCUCCAGAGAGGGCUUUUCCAGCCCUUCCACGGCCUCCUGUGAUGGAUCCAAGCAGGCAUCCCAAGGCUGUCCUUGUUGGUGAUGAGUACAGAGUUUCUUGGUCUAAUCCUCCCCGUGAGCCUCAGGGUGAUUCUGAGGUUACAGAUGUGCCCCCCGAGAAGGCUUUUCCAGGUCUUCCGCGGCCUCCUGUGCUGGAUCCAAGCUGGCAUCCAAGGGGUACUCAGAGAGCACAUUAUACAGCUAGAAGAGGAAAAAAAUCCCCAAAGAAAUCAGAAGCCUUGGAGAAAAUGUUGAAGGAACUGGCGCAGGCAGCAUCUGAUACAUCUGCAGAAACUAUGCAGAAGGAAGGAAGCCGUCGCAUGCCGUCAGUUUCUGGUGUAAAAAGAAAGGCAAUGCACGCAACUAGCAUGCCAUGGGCAGACUCUGGGAAAAAUACAAAGGCAGUCAGUGACAAACGUCAGCGGUUGUACAGUACAAUGUCUUUUGUGGUCCCGAUGGCGCUGCUGUCUUUGCGUCUGAUGCUUUUAGUUAACAAACUGCUCCAGAAGAAAAGAGAGCUAACGGAAGAGAGUGAAGAGGGAGCACCGGGACAAGCUAACACUGAUGCUGCCUCGACUGGAGAAGAUCAAACUGGAGAUGCAGCAUCAAAAGAAGAAACAAAAUGACACUCUUACCCAAGAAGACGAGACAAUCAACAACAGCCUCAGUCCGUGCCCCAGCACCUCUGCACCAGAGUUCACUCAGCUUUACAGCAACAUGAGUGCAGAUGCCUCACCUCUAAAAGCAUGUCCCAGCAGCUCUCCUGUUGAUGGUGGCUCUUCUCCAGACAUCCACGUUUCUUUGGAUUCACCUCAGCCUGACCACUUCUUGUGUCCCUGCUACCAGUACCAGCAGGAAUACUGUAGUUCAGAAUAUGAUUCUUUUCUAGAACAAUGAACAUGUUCUGGCCAAAACAGUGAGUUCUUCCCUCUUCUGUCGGGCUACAAUGCACGGAGCUGGGGUCAGCACAGGAUCUGAGAGGCAAGCUGUCACAAAGCUUCACAUAGGUGAGGGACUCCUUGGUCCCAACAUCUGCCUGGUUUCCCAGCUUGGGCUGCCACCAGGCACUAACCCACCGGAAUGGUAAACAGAGCAGGUCCCCUGUAAUGAAACGCAGAAAGGUACCUCUCAGAAGCUGCAAGAUACAUCCUCCUGAUAAAAUGGUCAUUUGUGCAGAGGGAAUGUGCUACACAUGUAGGUUCAGCAUCACAAAGCUGCAGAUCAGCCUGGGGCACAUUUAUGGGGGAAUCAGGUAUUCCCUGCCAGGGACACAGGCUCUCAUCCCCCUCAGGCUCCAUGUGCCUGAGUCACAGUGGACAGUGCAGAGCUCCCCUCCUUCCUCACACCAGGCCCACCAAUGCCUGCCUCCACCCUCCAUGCCUCUUUCUGCAGAGUUGGAUAGGGAGGUGGGGCCUCCUCCCAGCCCCGCUCUCCCAUGCAGCCCUCCUCCAGUGCAUCCCAGAGGAAGGGGCCGUGAAGACCCAGCAACUAGCACGGGAAGCAAUGCUACAUGUGGAUAUUUCCCAGACUUGAUGUACCCGGUCCAACAAGGCUCACCAGCAGUCUGUGGCCACCACAGCCUGAGCAUGCAUGUCUCUGCACGCUUCCUGGCAGAUCCCCUGCAGCUGUCAGAGGCCAGAGAUUUGAGCCUCCCAUCACUCUCCCCCAAGACUGUGUCCAACAGACCUGCAGAGCUCUGGGGCAGGGCAUGUCCCAGCUCGCUGAAGGCAGAUCACCCCAGGAGGGAACAGCUGUUCCUUAAGGUCAUCCUGCAGCAGGCCAGUGAACUUGGUCUGUGCAGAGGUGUGCAGCACCCACCCGUACAGGGCUGAGAGCCCUUGUUCCCCAGCCUGGGGAGGUGAGAGCGAUGGGAAGGGAGGUGUGGUGAGAGGAGGAAGAGAGGAGAGUCCCCUCCCUGCCCCGCGCUGCCUCUGCUCCCUGCCCGCGCUAACUGCCAGGCACGCCCCGUUUGCGCGUCCCGUUGGCAGCGCUCCCUAACGGCUGCUGUUACACAGGCAGGGGUUGGCUGCCGUCGCUCCCGGCUCUACCCACACCAUGUCAGCACCCGGGGCGGCACAAACACGGCUGUUGUCCGCUCAGGGUGGAGCUGCCGCGCUGAACAAACGGUUCUGCCCGGCAGGUCAAGCCACGGUUUUGGGGGUUGGUUCUGUUUACCUCUCUGCCAGGAUCCCUCGUCGCAGUCGGUCUUGGUGAGGUCCUCGCUAAAAUGGCGAUUCUCGUGCCGAGCUCUUCUCCUGAUAGAAGGAUUGACGCUGCUGGCAGGGUUUCCUACGCAGCUGAAGGAGAUAACACAAGGGAUUACUUCAGCCCAUUGCACAGCAGUUCCCCUGGAGCUCCAGGGACAUCUCCAGGGAGGCCGGUUGGUGGCAGAGGAAGGGAGGCCUUGGGCUGGGCCUCUGUUGCUGCUCAGGGCUGGCUCCUGGGAUGUGGGGAACUGCUGGCAAGUGGGCUGUGCUGCAGCGAGACAGCUCUGCACAGGAGCAGCUCCUCUGUACGGAGAGGGAAAACAACUGAGAGCUCACCGACGGAGGAAGUUUCAUAGACUCAUGGAAUGGCUUGGGUUGGAGAGGACCUUAAAGGUCACUGAGUUCCAACUCCAGAUCACGCUGCCCAGGGCCCUGGCCAGGGCCUUGGGCAUCUUUAGAGAUGGGGCACCCACAGCUCUCUGGGCAACCCAGAGGAAAUGAUUUUUGAAUUUUUUCCUGGAAAAAAAUAAUGGUAAAGAGACAACUUCUUCAGGCAGCUAAAUCUGCUAAUGAUGAGCUUCAUUCACAGUACUCUUUAGUAUCAUGUUAUCAUAAGAAAUUAUGUAGUGUAAGGAUCCAGUGUCUGUUGGAAAAUACUCCCUUGAAGGUGUUCAGUUAGAGCAUAAUAUUACACAACUAUAAAAGCAAACAAACAAAAACACAGAAUGACAUAAAUCAAUUAUUCAUGCAUUCCUUUUUGCACAGAUGAACCUGACCCACCACAGUUGCUCAUAGAAGUUACUUUGAUUACUAUGACAUUUUGACUAGCUUAUUGUAAAUGACAUUCUUUGAAUGGCAGACAUCAAACGGUAAAGGAAAGUGGCUACUUGUAAUGUGAGGGAGCAUUACUUUGCUGAAAGCUGUGAAUAUAAUGAAACUAAUUUUCCAUAUGAGAUAGGUGCAGCCAUAAAGAGCUUUAUGGCUAUAUUCUGAACAGCUGCUUGGGUCUUUUCUAAUUGGAAAGAUGCAUUGUAGACAAACUAAAUUGGACAGUGAAAUAUGUUUUAUACUUGUAUAAAAAUUAUACAGGAAUAGGGAGAAAACGUACUAAAUGAAUAAGCAAGAAAAGUUUCUUAGCUAGUAAAUGAGUGAAGAUCAUCUGACACCAAUAUUAAAUUUUACCAUCUAAAGACUGAUUCUGUUUUGUGGCUCAGUAAAUUCACUACAGUGCACAUCUUUGGGGUAGGUAAAUGCAUAUUUUGGAAAUGAUUUCCUUUCCCCUUUCUUUGUCGUCUGUUCUAUUUAUAUUUUCAGUGCAUUUUUCCAGACUCAGGAAAGGACUGGAGGACCUAAAGUGAUCUUUGAUUUUAAGUGGAGGCAAUUAUGUUUUGCCAAGUAACUCUUGACCCCAGUCAUUCAGUCUCUGGGACCUUGAUGCAGCUCAGAUGCUGUCAGCAAGAGAUCCCUGAUGUUCCUGAUUGCCCAGCACCCAUUGCACACCUCUGAAGAGUAUAGUGCUUCAAAAAAACAUUUCAGAUUGUAGCCUUCUCUGUCAAGCAGGAAUGCAGGUCCAAAUCCAGUCAAAAAUGAAAGUGAGCACCUCAUGUCCCCGUGUAAUCCCACUAAUCUGAACCUGUUCAUGCUUUGUUAAGCUGGGACUGCCUACAAAGUGAGCGCUUUUUUUCCCCUCAAAAUCUUAAUAUCAAACACGGUUUCAUUCAUCACUGAUUAAACUGCUGCAAACAUCCACUAAUGCAUGUAAGAGAAGUCCCUGAAAUGCAGGAUGUGUUCUGAUACAUAAAAUAAACUUCGUUUCAGUUAGUACUUAACCUCAUUAAAAUAUUAAAAACUGAAGCAAAUACACAUCUCUGACAAGCAGAUUUUUACCUGCUCUCUUUGUUUUGUGUAAUAGUUACUCCUCACAGUACAAAUGCAAUUAAGUCAGAAAACAAAUAAGCAAAUGCUCCACUUUCAUCUGGGGUUUUCGCUGAUAACUUCGUCCUUGCUUGCCAGGCCUGCCAGGGCUCCAUAGGGCUGUUGGGCCUCACUGGCCCCUGUGGGCAGCAGUGUAAGGUGGGGCAGCCAGGGCAGCCCUGAAUGGUGUGACACAGACCUAAGCUCCUCUUCUUGGGAAGUGGAGGCAUUAAGGGGUAAAUCACUGGUCAGUAAAUUCCUGACCAUCCUGCAGAAAAAGAGAUGCCCUCAGACACUCAGUAAGAAAGUGCACCAAGAUGGGAAAGGCAGCCCAUCCUGGGCAUUCUGUGCAGAUGGAAUGCUCACCUGAAGUGCUGAGGACUUGUGAAGGAGGCUGGUAGGUAAUGUGUCAUUUCCCCUGAAAUCAGCGCAGCUUUCAGAGCGCUGUGGGUUGUUGCUAGUGCAGUUUCCACUGUCAUGGAAGGCAUAAUCUUUGUUAACACACUGUUCUGAUGUAACAAAAAGCUCUCCCUCUCAAAUCUGAAUCACCAAAGUAUGCUUCACGUGUUUAAUUUUUAUCAGAUAAAUUCUUCCUUACUUAGUAAAAUUAACAAAGUAUCUACAAAUUUGUCAGUUAAAAUACAGGAUCUGGCACUGAUGAACCUUUCCAACAAAUUUCGAGAAAAUAAUUUCAAGUUGUAGGUAGGAUUCAGUUCUAUAAGCAGGAUCCAAAGUAGUUUAGAUAGGUACCUGAGCAAUAAAAUGAUCAAAACUCUGUCUUGUAUCCUCUAGAACAAAUUCACGAACACAUGAUUAGUUUCUGGGAUUUAGGAAGUCUCCUAUUAUCAGGUUAUUUUGAAAAAUUUAUUCCAAUAUUUUCUGAGCUGCCUGCUACAUAAUAUGAAGUAAAUAAAAAUCCUGGGAAUGCUUCUUUGAUAUGGCAUUAUAGUGGAUAAUAUAUAUUUUUGUAAUUUAGCAAAAUAAAAAAAAUACAUAAAAAACGAAUAGGUGAAAUCUUAGUAAUAUUCCUGUUUUUUUGCUUCACAGACAUCAUCUUGAAAAAAGAUGAAGAUACAUAGUAGCAAAAAAGAAUCAUUACUGUGCUUAAGAUAAAUUAUUGGUUUGUUAAUUAUCCACAUCAUUAUAUUAUGCUUUGCUUUCAGUAAAAAAGUGGAAUGACUUCAGCUUCCUAUCAUUGAAUCUUUCACCUGCACAAUUUAAAAGCCUCUCCUAUCAGAAUUUUCCCCUUCUCCUUCUGAACAUUUGUAGAUUUUCAUAUACUCUCCCUUUUUAACUUUCUUUUGCAUAAAACAAACAGAUGAGAUUUUUAGUAUGUCUCACCUCAAGACAAGUUACGUUGUCCCAUGAGCGUGGUUUCAAAUAUUUCCAGUAAUUCAAUAUCUUUUCAAAGCCCCAGCUUAUACUUCUAAAUAUCUCAUUCAUGUUGACAACUAAAAUAUUUCGCUUUAAAUUUGUCCAAGAGGUUAUUAACCAUAACCCUAGACUAUUUUCACCAUCACUGUAUCACCUUUUCCAUUUUGUAUGUGACCUACACUAUUUAAUCUUGUAUGUAUAGUUUGUGUUUCAAUAUGAUGCCAUUGGCAAUUAUCUGAGAAUCUGUCCAGUUUACAUUUUACAUUAUAAAAAAAAGGAAAAGCUUUUGUCUCAUUACAGCCACUGUGUUUCACAGCAUAGAUUACACAAGUGAGUCUACUCUGGUUUUCUUUUCACACAAUAAAAAAUGCAUCCUGAAUUCAAGUGGAAGUUCCUUGGCAAUGUUACAAAAUUUUGGAUAGUAACUGAGCUCCCAAAUAAAGUGUUUGAUAUUGGAGAAAUGAGGCAUGAAGUGCGGUAAACAGCUUCGAGCCAGGAACUAGGAGACACUCGUCUUUCCUUCGGACUCGUAGUGGCAGAGCGUCUCUGAUGGUUAUUGCUGUGAAUUUAAUGUGUGGAUGCAUAGUGCAGAUCUGAUCAUGUAAAGUAAUUGAUUAGUAUUUUCUUUCAAAUAAAUGCAGAAGCCUUAAAAAGCCACAAAAAGCAAGUAGUCACAGUUAUAGAAAUCUUUGCAAUCCCAGUUUAACAGAUAAACUAUUUUCACGUUGAAACUGGUGGCUUCAGCAAUGAGAUUUUCCAUUUCCACACAACACAGAGAAAAUAACUACCAUUUAAAAGGCUAUCUAUUUACUUCAUUACUGUACGUGAGCUUGGAUAAGAGAGUAUCAACAGAAUCCUUCUACUAUUGAAAAGCUUGCUAUUGACCUUUUUAGUUUUCCUCCUACCACUUUAUGUAAUAUCAA